AAGGGCCCAUAAGUAAGCGUUUCACUGUCUACACCUGUUGUUUACGAAGCAGGUGACAAUAACAUUUGAUUGUGAUUGAUUUGACGAAUGUGUUGUGUCAGAAAUAAAGGCUCUAAAUGAACGGACGGUUAAACAAAUAAGCAUACGAUAUAAAGGUACACAGAUGGCUUUCUUACUGCAGGAGAGAGAUUGUUUUGGUAUUCCUAUAAGGCAUAGUUUUACCCAUGGAGAGGGGGAUGGGAUGAGAGGGUUUUGUUACUUUGGCUCUCCCCCACCAUGUGCAUACCAGAGGCAGAACAAAAUAGCAGACACGACUGCAAGCGAGAGAAACAAAGACCGAACUCCAUCAGACACAACGCAGAAUUCUAUAGAAAUCCCCCAAAACGGCCCUUUUUGGGAUAGGUCCACAUAGAUGAAAUGAAAAUAAUUUUUUUUCCGCAAAAGAGGGGAAAGUGGGAGCGCGAGGGGGUUGGAGCGCGUAGACUAGAGAUCAUGUUACAGUUCCAGACUUUUCACGGCAAGUUGUGGGGGAGGGUGAAUCUGUUACUUUGAUUUCUUUUUAAUAUCCAACAAAAACAGCGGAAGGAAUAGUUCCACUUGAUUUUAAUUGAAUAUCAUGCAUGCAUCUUUUCGUUUUUUGGUGGCGAUCGGAUUGUGUGUAGGGAAUUCCAGUGACAAAUCAAGGAUUAUAUGACAAAAUGCUAAAUGAAAAAGUUCGGGACUGCGUGAAAACUGGGAAAACGUUUCGUUUCAUUGUAUCAUAAUGUUACAUUCGGCAUCAAAUGAACAAGAGCACUUUGUGCUAUUUUUAUUAACGGUUACUUUUUAGAUUACUGGAAUACAAAGUAUACUUUUUUUCUUCCUGGAAACAAAGUUGCACCGUUGAAUCUCCAAGAUGUCUUCCCGUGGAUGGAGUUCCAUUGUUGGUGGGUUGGGGAUGCUUUGCGUUUGGGCUGCCUCCUUUCUGGUUACUCAUGCGGUAACGGUACAAAGAAACGAAACCAUUUUCAAUGAUUUCUGCAAGAAAACUACAACAUGUGAAGUGCUUAAAUAUAAUACAUGUCUUGGGUCCCCACUACCGUACACGCACACGUCUCUUGCCUUGGCUGAAGACUCAAGUACCCAAGACGAAGCAUUUGAGAAGUUGGCCAUGUGGUCUGGUCUGAGGAACGCCCCUCGCUGCUGGGCGGUCAUCCAGCCCCUGCUGUGUGCCGUCUACAUGCCCAAGUGUGACAACGGGCAGGUGGAGCUUCCCAGCCAGCACCUGUGCCAGGCUACGCGUCGCCCCUGCAGCAUCGUGGACCAGGAGAGGGGCUGGCCCAACUUCCUCAAGUGUGAGGAGACGGACAAGUACCCCAUGGGCUGCACGAACGAGGUGCAGAAGCUGAAGUUCAACACAUCGGGACACUGCGAAGCCCCCCUGGUGAAGACAGAUGUUCAGGCCAGCUGGUACAAAGAUGUGGAGGGCUGCGGCAUUCAGUGUAACAACCCCCUGUUCACCGACGAGGAGCACUCGGACAUGCACGCCUACAUCGCUGUGUUCGGCACCGUCACCCUGCUCUGCACCUUUUUCACUCUGGCCACCUUUCUGGCGGACUGGAAGAAUUCAAACCGUUACCCCGCCGUCAUCCUCUUCUACAUCAAUACCUGUUUCUUCAUGGGCAGUAUCGGCUGGCUGGCUCAGUUCAUGGAUGGAGCUCGCAAAGAGAUCGUAUGUAAGAGUGACAACACCAUGCGUUUAGGGGAGCCCUCGUCCACCGAGACUCUGUCGUGUGUCAUCAUCUUCAGCCUCGUCUACUACUCCCUGAUGUCUGGGGUGAUCUGGUUUGUCAUGCUGACCUACGCCUGGCACACGUCCUUCAAGGCCCUGGGCACCACCCACCAGCCCUUGUCGGGCAAGACCUCAUACUUCCACAUGGUCACAUGGUCCGUCCCCUUCAUCCUCACUGUGGCUAUUCUAGCCACCGCUGAGGUGGACGGAGACUCUGUCAGUGGGAUCUGUUUCGUGGGCUAUAAGAACUACCACUACCGUGCUGGCUUUGUGUUGGCUCCCAUUGGAGUUGUGCUUGUCAUUGGUGGCUAUUUCCUCAUACGAGGAGUCAUGACGUUGUUCUCCAUCAAGAGUAACCACCCGGGUCUUCUGAGUGAGAAGGCAGCGAGCAAAAUCAACGAAACAAUGCUAAGACUUGGUAUAUUUGGGUUCCUGGCGUUUGGCUUUGUAUUAAUCACGUUUGGCUGCCACUUCUAUGACUUCUUCAACCAGGCUGAGUGGGAGAAGAGCUUCAGAGAAUAUGUGUUGUGCGAGGCCAAUGUGACGAUCGCUCAUCAGACCAACAAGCCGAUCCCAGAAUGUACUAUCAAGAACCGUCCCAGUCUACUGGUGGAAAAGAUUAAUCUGUUCUCUAUGUUCGGCACGGGCAUCGCCAUGAGCACCUGGGUGUGGACCAAGGCCACUAUCCUCAUCUGGAAACGCACCUGGUGCAAGGUUAUCGGCCGUAGCGACGAUGAGCCCAAGAGGAUAAAGAAGAGCAAGAUGAUAGCCAAGGCCUUCUCUAAGCGCAAGGAGCUCCACAAAGACCCGGAGAAGGAGCUGUCCUUCAGCAUGCACACUGUCUCUCAUGACGGGCCAGUAGCUGGCAUCAACUUUGACCUGAACGGGGAGCCAUCCAACGAGAUGUCUUCAGCCUGGGCCCAGCAUGUGACCAAGAUGGUGGCCAGGAGGGGCGCCAUUCUACCGCAGGACAUCUCUGUCACCCCUACAGGGACACCUGUUCCACCGCCAGAGGAGAGGAACAAGCUGUGGAUGGUGGAGGCGGAGAUCUCCCCUGAGAUGAUGAAGAGGAAGAAGAAGAGGAAGAAGAGGAAGAAGGAGGCGCGUCCUCUGGAGGAGCUGGCCGAACACCAGGGCUACCGUCAGCGAGAGUUUGGCACCAGCUCGGUGCCCCGGCUACCCAAGCUGCCCGGCCACAGGAGCCUGGUGGCCAAUCUGAGGCAGCACCAGGAGGCUGAGGACGUCCUUCCAGGCUCUUACCCUGAGUUUAGGCCCUCUCAUCCCCUGCCCUACCAGGAGAGGUACGGAGGAGCCCUGGGGGCCUCCUCUAGCCAGAGGAGCAGGUACCCUGACCUCAACCCCCUCUCCCUCAGCGACCUGCCAGAGGACCUCGGCCUGGGGCCUCGCUGCCGCCCCCAACCACCACCCCUCUCCUUCUGGCAGCCCAAUGGAGCGAUCCACUACUCCGGGGAGGUGGCGCCUAUGGCAGGGCUGUCUGGGAGGACAGACCACGUGGGGAGGUCGCAGGGGGGUCAAAGGAGGGCUGAGUGGGGGCAGAUCCACUCUAGAACCAACCUGAUGGAGGCGGAGCUUAUGGAUGCUGACUCUGACUUCUGAGAGCAACCAUGUGUGGUUGUGGGGUUUUCUGGGGGUUUUUACAGACUGUGAGAGAAAAGUGCUGGAUACUUACACUUAUGGUGCUCCCUUGUCACUGCCCAACAGUCAAGAUGAAACAGGACUCAAGUCAAGUUAAUUGGUCAGAUCUGUUUCAUUUAAAGGGAAGGGCUAAAGGAGAACUGAUCAGGUCAUGGGUGAGUUUCAUGAAAGCUUCUUGGCUUAAGUCCCACUGGGCACAAACUGGUUGAAUCAACGUUGUUUCCACAUCAUUUUAACCCCCCAAAAUCUAUGCGAUUAUGUUGAAUCAAUGUGGAAAACUGAUUGUAUUUGAAAAAAGUCAUCAACAUAAGGGCAUUUCAUAUUUUUGUCACCCAACCUUUAAGCUAAAUCCAAUGACAUGGUGACAUUUGUUGUUGAUUUCACGUUGAAUUCACGUUAGUUAACAACUCAACCAAAUGUAAAUCAAAACUAGACGUUGAACUGACGUCUGUACCCAGUGGGGUGGCUCUGAAUUUCUCUUAACAAAUCACAGUAGCUACAGUUUCAUAAAAAUAUGUUUAAAAAUCUAUAGCUGCGUUUAGACAGGCAGCCUAAUUCUGAUAUUUUUGAACACUAAUUGGUCUUUUGACAUCCUUUUCAGAGCUGAUCUGAUUGGUGAAAAAAAGAUCAGAAUUAGUCUGCCUGUCUAAAUUAGCUAAAUUAUUUGAAUUAAGCACUUUUCUGUUCUACAAGUGGUCUGGGUCUAUAGUUGUGGAGAGAAAUAAAGUACCUUGUUAGCUACAAAGAUUUUGGGAAACGCCUCCCAGACUCGUCAAUGCUGUGUGACUUACCGAAAAUAAUUCCACUUGUGGCAUUGGUCAGAAAACGGACAUGAUCACCCAUGUUGCAACAACUAACUUCUGUUGUCAGAAACAUUUCAUUGAAUGAUGGCAGCAGAAGAGGCAGCUCAACUCUGAACGAAUUGGAUGAGGGUCACCAUCACUGACAUGAUCCCGGGUCACUAUCUCUUGGAUCAGAUAUCACUCUUGUUGAUUUCAGUCUCAUAGCCAUUCAUUCAUUAUAUGACUUCCAAGACUUUUCCAGGGAUCUUGUCUUGAGUCAUUUCAUGCAUCUUAGGGUUCAUGUAAGUAGUGUAAAGUGGCUUCCUUUCCUUGUCUCUUUUCCAUGUCAUUGCUGACUUUAGAAAACUGGACCGGUGAAAACUAAUUCCAUGUAGGCGUUCUCCAUAUCGCUUUCAACUAGCCUGUGUUAAUUAACUAAAUAUUACUAGAUCUGUAACGAUGGAGAGGAAGCCACUUUAGAUGAUUGACAUGCAGCCUCAUCUGAUGCAGAAACUAUCAGGCUCUGGAAGUUCCAUGUCUUUGUAUAUCAUCGUCAACUAGUAGUCUGUACUUUUGUCGCAAAAAUAUAGAACAGUUUUUAUAUUGCCUGGUGCAAUCACACAAAAGUGAGCUUUUUUUCACCUGAGGAGAAAGAGAAUUGAUUAGGUUUUUAUACCAGUGGAAAUGAAAUACACAACUGAGUGGGAAUCAAUCACUUCAUUUCUUCAAAGUGUUCUUGCACAUGUUAGCUACAUCAGUUCAAUUGUUACGUUUUUUUUCUGUACAAUUGUAUUAAAAAGGGUUAUUUUUUUACUGUAGUAUGUAGUAUUUCCACAUUGUGUUUUACUCUAUUGGCAGCAGUGCUUGACUUGGACUGAAAUACAGUAGGUGCCGGUACUCAUUUUACAUGCUGCUACUGUUUUUAUUUAGGUGCAGGAGCUCCACAAUACUUCUCAGCUAAUAUUCUAGAAGAAGAACAGCCAGUAGAAAAAUGUAAGGUGCCGGUACUCAGCUCCGGUACUCAGCUCCGGUACUCAGCUCCUGCCCAAGUUAAGCAUACGUAUAGACAACCUUGGCUAUACUUUGUUGAGUGUUCUGUGUUUUUAUUGUAUAGGACAGUGCUAUAUAUUGCAUCAUGUUGUCCUAGAGUUGAGCAAAACACCUUUAUUCUCUGCUUGUAAUGAUCUGCUACAAUUUCUAAAUGCACGUGUCUUGUGCUUCUCUCUCUAUGUGUCGUGCACCUCUUCAUUUAUUGGGAACUAGGACGCAGUGGAGGCUGCUGAGGGGAGGAUGGCUCAUAAUAAUGGCUGGAACGGAGCAAAUGAAAUGGCAUCAAACACAUGGAUGUGUUUGAUGUAUUUAAUACCAUUCCAUUAAUUCCGCUCCAGCCAUUACCACAAGCCUGUCCUCCCCAAUUAAGGUGCCACCAACCUCAUGUGCAAGGAUGCAGCAUACUUGUACAAUUCUAAGUUGUUAGACUGUAUGUUUGGUUGGUUUUCCAUGCUGAGGUACAUUACAGAUUUGCUCAGCAAAAGGAACAAUUCACUGAAGCUCGUGAUGUAGUUGUACCGAUGCUGUAACCAAAGUAAUUUAGUAUUAUUGUCUUUGCGUCACACUCACAACAGAAUAAAGAUGGUGCCAAACUACA